UUUUUUUGUAAAGUAUUAUUUAAUAUUUUAUUAUAAAAUAUUAAAAUGAGAAAAGGCAAGAACCGCAAGGCCUGCUCGUUCCUUGCCCCAAAGUUCCAUCAGGUGUCUGCUCCAAAAUCACCAUUCCAAGACUCUACUGCUCUAGCGCCCAACAAUGGAAGAAGGAAGAGGAGAUGACGCCACUUGGAGCACGGCUGUGGAAGAUCUCGUGGACGCCGGAGACAUGGACGGAGCCAUCUCUCUCCUCGAAUCUCUAGUUUCUAAGUUCGACAUUUCCGAACCAUCUGCCUCCAAUCUCCAAUUAGCCUCUGCUCUCACUGACUUGGCCAAUCUCUACUCGUCCAAAGGCUUCUCUCUCAAAGCUGAUGAUGCCCUUUCUCGGGCUUCCCUCAUUAAACUUCGUUCUCAACACGUUCUCCCUUCGCCAAGUGACGCAGAGAUCAGAAAGAGCCCAGAGAAAGAAGAUUGCAUUUCACCUCAAAAUGAUGGUUUGCCUCGUGAUAGUUCAGCUCCAGAGGGGGAGAUUGAUGAUGAUUGGGAGGCCAUUGCAGAUCGUGCACCCGAUGAAUUGCUCUCUCCGCAGUGCUCACCAGGAGUUUCUAUGCUUUCACUAGAAGAUGCAAAAGUUCAAACUUCUAAGCGGCGUGGAAGGGGAAGAUUCUCAUACAAGGAAGAGGCCUUGUAUAGUGACUGGGCAUCUGAUGGGCCUAAAAUUGCUGAUUCAGGGGAUGAACCUGAGCAUCAUAAUUUGGAAUGCAAAACGGAAACAAGAUAUAGAUAUGGCACACAUCAUGUUCUUGUUCUGGCCGACUUUCCACCUACUACAAAGACAAUAAAGUUGGAGAAGCUCUUUGAGAACUUCAGAGAUUGUGUUGUGAUUCGCUGGGUCAAUGAUACAGUUGCACUCGCAGUAUUUAGGACACCAUCAAUUGCAUGUGAGGCCUAUAGCUGUGUUCAUUGCCCAUUCACAGUACGUAUACUUGAUGAGAAUGAUACCCUUCUGAGCUCAAUUCCAACAAGAGAUUUGGAGCCUCCUCGACCAAGACCAGAGACAUCAGUGAGAACUGCAAGGAGGCUGAUUGCACAGGGAAUGGGAUUAAAGUUGCCCUCGGCAAGCUUGGGGGCUAGAGAAGAAUUGUGGAAACAGGAGGAAGCCAGAAGGAAACGCAUCGUUACGAGGCAAAAUAUGAGGGAAGAUGCUUGGGGUGCUGAUGAUUAAACCAAGAUUUUGAUUUAUGACAUGUCAUAUUCAAGAAAAAAGCGACCCACUAAACGUAAGCAAGCAUUUGGUCACCAGGUGCAUGACCAUGUGGAUGGUUCAGUGCCUCUAUAAUCUCUCUCACUCAAUACAUUUUCAUAUAAUUUCCUCAAUUAUUUUCUCAAAUAGAUGGUAUUCCACCAAGUCUUUUGUAGCAUAAUUGCCUUAGCACAGAUGUUUAUUCUCAGAAACAGAAAUACAGACAUCAUGAUAAAAGAGUUUGUUGAAGUGCAUGCAGCAGGAGGAGCCCUGGAUGCCUGAGGAACACCGUAGUGCCAACGCCCCCAGCAAGUGCUUUACAAUGGAAUGAAUGGGUUGCAGCUGUUCUUUCGGAUGCAUUGGCCUUAUUUACACACACACACACACACACACACACACACAUAUAGAAAGGGAAACCAUAUAUAAUGCAAGAGAAAAGAAACAAAACUAUUGUCUUAUUUAUAUUUUUCUUUAUUAAUUUACUAAAUUGUCUUGUUCAUAAUUCACCACCAAGAUAUUUUUCCAGUUAUUUGCAUGAGAAAGAUCGUUCCCCC